CCCUAGUCGUAAGUUCAUGUCGCUGUCUCACUCUCUUGAAACCUUUCGCUUCGUUCUCUAUCAAGAUCUAACCAUAAUCUUCUCUCUAUCUCUCUAAAUGUCCUGUCCUGACAUUCGCUUCUGAUCUUCGCCUCAUUCUAUGGAUCUGCAUUGUCGUACUUGAGAGCUGUGUUUGUGUUUGAUGCACACCAAUGGUUCAUUUACUAUCGGGGAAUAGAAUUGACGGAGGGUUUUGUCGGUGGAAAUUAAUUCAACGGAGAAAGCCUAGAUUGGCGUUCAAUGUAGCAUUGUUUAUUCAAGCACUGGCGUUCCGACAAUGAUGUUUGUGAAUUCGCUCCCAAAAUGCUCGCUAUUCUGGUGCUGUUGUUUAGUUUCCAUCUCAUCCCUUUCGAUUCUACAGCUGCCACUUACGCGAGACUUAUAUCAAUGAGGGAUCCACCAAAUACACAUCACCCCAAACCUUUUUUUAAGCCUUUGAUUGUUCCUGCUUCUUCUCCAACAAUUCAAGGUCUUGUUUCUGGUCCUACUGGUAGCAGCUUGCCGCCACAUCACCACCACCACCACCACCCCCACGGCCGCCAUCAUCAUCCUCAUGGGAUAAGAACUCAUGCAGUCUCCCCAUCUCCAUCCUCUGGACCAGGUUGUGGCCUAACCUGUUUGGAACCACUGACUUCGACUCCUAUUGGUUCACCUUGUGGGUGUGUUUUACCAAUGAAAGUGAGACUGCUUUUACAAGUGUCUGUGUAUGCUGUCUUCCCUGUUGUGAACGAGCUAGAGAUUGAGAUUGCAUCAGGCAUGUACCUAACACAAAGCCAAGUGGUGAUAACAGGUGCCAGUGCUGAUAGUGAAAACCAAGGACAAACAGUCAUUGAUGCAAACUUGGUGCCAUUGGGACAGCGAUUCGAUAAUGUCACUGCUGCUUUCACAUACGAGAGAUUUUGGAAGAAAAAACUCUCAUUGAAUAAAACCCUUUUCGGAGAUUAUCAAGUGGCAUAUAUUAUUUAUCCAGGGCUUCCUACUUCGCCAUUACAGAUGGAACCAAGCGGAGGUCCCGGGAUGCAAGAUUUCCCAAUAACCGCAAAUUUUGUUCGCAAAAGUCAGACAAUAAACCGUAAAACCAUUUUUGUAAUUGCAUUGUCUGCAGCAGUGCUCUUGAUUGUUUGCUGUGCUGCAAUUUGUGUUAUCAUCAAGUACAGAAAGCUAUGUAAUUCAUCCAGUGCUUUUACAUCCUCAAAUAACAAGAGAUGUGGACUUGGAGCAUUGUUAGCAAGCAAUCCAACAAGUUCCAUAUCAGUAUCUGUUGUUUCCGCCAUGCCUACUUGUGUUCUUUCCGUUAAGACGUUUUCAUUAGCUGAGCUGGAAAAAGCUACCGAGAAAUUCAGCUCAUUAAGAGUUUUGGGUGAAGGUGGUUUUGGAUGUGUUUAUCUUGGGAUCAUGGAUGAUGGAGCUCUGGUUGCUGUAAAAUUGUUGAACAGAGAUAUUAACCAGAAUGGAGAUCGUGAGUUCAUUGCAGAAGUUGAGAUGUUAAGCCGGUUGCAUCACCGUAAUCUUGUUAAACUCAUUGGUAUAUGCAUUCAAGGAUGUGCUCGCUGUUUGGUCUAUGAGCUUGUUCCCAAUGGCAGCGUUGAAUCUCAUUUGCAUGGUGUGGAUAAGCAAACGGGGCCUCUUGAUUGGGAUGUGCGAUUAAAGAUCGCUCUGGGUGCAGCAAGAGGGUUGGCUUAUCUUCAUGAAGAUUCCAACCCUCGUGUCAUCCACCGUGAUUUCAAAGCCAGCAACGUUUUGCUAGAAGACGAUUUUACCCCUAAGGUAUCAGAUUUCGGGUUAGCAAGGGAAGCUACAGAAGGGAGUCAUCACAUUUCAACCCGUGUCAUGGGAACUUUCGGUUAUGUGGCUCCCGAGUAUGCGAUGACGGGGCAUCUACUAGUGAAAAGCGACGUGUACAGUUACGGGGUGGUGCUGCUGGAGCUUAUUUCGGGAAGAAAACCGGUCGACAUGUCACAACCUCCGGGUGAAGAAAACCUCGUCACGUGGGCCCGCCCACUUCUCACAACCCAAGAAGGUCUGCUCCGGUUAAUCGACGGGACCUUAGCCGGGACCUACGACUUCAACGACAUGGCAAAAGUGGCUGCAAUCGCUUCCAUGUGUGUGCACCCACAGGUGGCUCAACGACCUUUCAUGGGCGAAGUCGUCCAAGCCCUAAAACUCAUAUACAACGACAAAGACGACACCACUACCCAACGAGACUCCUCCGCCUCCGCCGUCGAAUCCGAAUUCAAAGCCGACCACACCGUUUCCGAUGGCAGCUGGUGGAACGCCGGCGGUUCCACACAUCUCAUGUACGGUAACGAUUCUCCCAUCUUAACGAUGGAUUAUAGCUCCGCCUCCGGUCCAUUUGACGAGGUUGAAAACAAUGGCGGUCUUGGAAAUAGGUCCGGCCCGCUAAGGACGGUUAGGAAGAAACCCGGGUUUUAUAAUAGAUUAAAAGGGAGUAUGAGUGAACAUGGUGGGGGUAAGCCUUUCUGGAGUCAAGGCUCUAUUUAGUUUUUUAAAUGUACAGAACCGGAAAAUGUUAAAAGGAAACUCGGGUUUUCGUGAUCGAUUGGAGUCGGACCGAGUUUUAGUUAAUUAUGUAGGAAAACAGCCGAGGGACCUAAUUGAAAAAAGCUGGGUGAACUACAUUUUUGGUCCCCGAACAAUAUAAUUAUUCACAUAUUUGGUUUCUAAGAAUAUAAUAUGGGAUACUGCAUGGGUUAAGC